AUGACAGACUCGCCAGUCGAUGUCCCCGAGACAACCACUCGUACAAUAUCAUCAACCUACAUCCCACCAUCCGUCCACGACGCCGCUCUCCUCUCAGGCGCAUCAUUCAGCCACUACUCUGCUGUUCCGACCUCGCUCCUCCCCACCGACCCGUCGGAUCCCUCCUCUGCCGCCCCAUGCUGUCUCGGUGUCGAUGAAGCUGGCCGUGGUCCCGUUCUCGGCCCCAUGGUGUACGGCGUCUUCUUCCUCCCUAUUACUCUGUCUGAUUCACUCCUUCGCGAGACCCAUCACUUUGACGACUCCAAAGUUCUCACGCCCGCUGUCAGAUCUGAUCUCAUGCGCAAGCUGUGCACGCCUGGUUCUGACCUCCAUGACUCCUGCGGUUGGGCGACGGCCUCACUUUCGGCGAGAGACAUUGGCGCGAACAUGUUCCGCCCCACGAAUGCUUACAACCUCAAUGCGCAAGCCAUGGAUGCCACGGUCGAUCUUAUAAAAGCCGUGUAUGCGCUUGGCGUCAACAUCCAAGAGAUCUACGUCGACACCAUCGGACAGCCUGCAGCAUAUCAAGCCAAACUACAGCGUGUGUUCCCUACAGCAAAGAUUACUGUUGCCAAGAAGGCAGAUAGUCUUUACCCCUGUGUUAGCGCUGCGUCGGUGUGCGCAAAGGUCACUCGCGAUGCUGCGCUGGAGGUGCUCUUCGAAGCGAGGGGGGACGCAGAGGAAACCGGUGGUGAAGGAAUGGCUUGGGGCUCGGGCUACCCAUCUGAUGGACGCUGCGUCGGCUGGAUGAAGGGCAAUAUGCACCCUGUGUUUGGUUGGGGGCCGGAGUGUCGCUUCAGCUGGGGCACGGCAAAGGAUAUGCUUGAGGGCAAGGGAAAUGGCGUCAAGGUUGAGUGGCCGCUGGAAGAUGAUGGCGAGACGAGUAGAGUUACUGAUUUCUUCGUGUCUGGAGAUAAUGAUAAGGAGUCAUCAGAGUUGGGCAAUUGGUUUGGUACACCUGCGGGCUUGGAAGCGUUUUAG